GAGAGAGAGAGAGAGAGAGUGUGUGAGACAGAAUGGCUCGCUGUGGGUCUAAGUUGUGGGUUAUGGCAAUCGCUUUCGUUGUUAUUAGUGUAGGGUUGAAUGCGUUUGUGGCCAAAAGUAAUGGAUGGGAAGCUGCACAUGCGACGUUCUACGGUGAUAUCAGAGGCGGUGAAACCAUGCAAGGAGCUUGUGGGUAUGGCGAUCUGAUAAAAGAAGGAUAUGGCCUAGAGACAACAGCUCUAAGCACAGCACUCUUUAACAAUGGCCUCACUUGUGGUGCUUGUUAUGAAAUCCAAUGUGACAAGUCCUCAUCAAAAUGGUGCAUUGAUGGCUCCUCCGUCCAUGUAACUGCCACCAACUUCUGCCCACCUAACUAUAACAAGCCCAAUGGGAACUGGUGCAACCCUCCAUCCAAACACUUUGAUCUCUCCAUGCCCAUGUUUGUCAAGAUCGCACAGUAUCAGGCCGGCAUUGUUCCUGUUCUUUAUCAGCGUGUACCGUGCGUCAAGACCGGAGGUAUAAAGUUCGAGAUUUCGGCAAAGGGAAAUCCUAACUGGAUACUGGUGUUGGUGUACAAUGUUGGUGGCGCCGGCGACGUUACGAACGUGAAGAUUAAAGGUACAAAUACGGAUUGGAUACAAAUGUCAAGAAAUUGGGGCCAAAACUGGCAAACUGGUACAGAAUUGGUAGGGCAAACCUUGUCAUUCCAAGUUACUAUUAGUGAUGGUAAGAUGGUGCAGUCUGAUAAUGUUGCACCAAGUGGUUGGCAAUUUGGGGAAACCUUUGAGGGCAAGCAGUUCUGACAGUAAAUGAUGGGUUUUU